GAUGCGGAGACUGAAUAGACACAUAUCCGACACAAGAAACGGGGUCAGUGGCGGAGAAGGAGGACACCUCCGAGUCACAUCGUCGACUCUCGCCCCCCAGGUGACUCCCAUGUCUCUCCCUUGGGUGGGUCUAACCCAAAAAAUCCGUCACUCUACAAUGGGCUGUGGGAGAUCGGGUGAACUCGGAGAAGCCUCUUGCAGCUGUUCCCAGAGCCGAGGAUAGGACCGAGACAUCGGAGCGACUCAGUGACUGUGGCCUGCUCGCUUUUGUCCUGUGCUCCUGUGGCCGGCGUCCGGCAGCUUGCCGUGCACAGCGCGUAAAGGCGCUCGGAGCAGACGAGAAGCUCUCUCAAUGUUGAAAUUCAGGCUUUGUCUGACAGCGCGGUAGUGAAUCGAUUUCCUCAUAGUUCCGCUGAGCGGAUGGAGUGAAUUGUGCAAAAGGAGAGAGAGACAGACCGCAGUUUGGUUGCGUGUGAUGAUAGGAGACACAAUGACGCUCUUGUCUCUUCUGGGUCGGAUCAUGCGCUAUUUUCUCCUCAGGCCGGAGACAUUGUUCCUGCUCUGCAUCAGUCUGGCGCUGUGGAGUUACUUCUUCCACACCGACGAGGUGAAAACCAUCGUCAAGUCGAGCCGCGAUGCCGUGAAGAUGGUGAAGGGGAAAGUGGCGGAGAUGAUGCAGAACGACCGGCUGGGAGGCCUCAGCGUCCUGGAUGCGGAGUUCUCCAAAACCUGGGAGUUCAAGAACAACAACGUAGCCGUGUACUCCAUACAGGGCAGGAGGGAUCACAUGGAGGAUCGCUUCGAAGUGCUCACCGACAUCACCAACAAGAGCCACCCGUCCAUAUUCGGGAUAUUUGACGGUCACGGAGGAGAGGCUGCAGCUGACUAUGUGAAGGCCCACCUGCCCGAGACCCUGAAGCAGCAGCUGCAAGCCUUUGAGAGGGAGAAGAGAGAGAGCGCUCUGUCAUACGGCAGCAUCCUCGAGCAGCGCAUCCUGGCCGUGGAUCGCGAGAUGCUGGACAAACUCUCUGCCAACCACGAUGAAGCAGGAACAACGUGUCUGGUGGCGCUGCUGUCAGAUAGAGAGCUCACAGUGGCCAACGUUGGAGACUCACGUGGUGUGUUGUGUGACAAAGACGGGAAUGCUGUUGCACUAUCACAUGACCACAAGCCGUAUCAGCUUAAAGAGCGCAAGAGGAUCAAGAGGGCAGGAGGCUUCAUCAGUUUUAAUGGAUCUUGGAGAGUUCAAGGAAUCCUAGCGAUGUCCCGCUCUCUAGGGGACUACCCACUGAAAAACCUUAACGUAGUCAUCCCCGAUCCUGAUAUUAUGACCUUUGACCUGGACAAACUGCAGCCAGAGUUCAUGAUCCUGGCGUCCGACGGCCUGUGGGAUGCCUUCAGUAACGAAGAGGCGGUGCGGUUCGUCCGUGAGCGUCUCGACGAGCCUCACUUCGGCGCCAAGAGCAUCGUCCUCCAAUCUUUCUACCGAGGCUGCCCCGAUAACAUCACCGUCAUGGUGGUGAAGUUCAAAAGUGGAGCUGGAGGGAGCAGCAAGACAGGGGAGUAGGUGAGGGUCAGGGUUAGAGCUCACAAUGUGAUCAGUAUGAUUUUCCCCAUGUUCUGGGUAAAGCAGAAAGUACAAAAUCACAGGUGAAGGGAAAUUAAAGUAUGGACACUGAGAACUGCACACACAUACAGACAUAUGUACACACACAUGCAAACACAUGUAAAAGUGAGGGUCUGUUUUAUUCUAUUUAACUGAGAACAGGGCAUUUAAACACAAUGCAGAUAUUAUAACCAUCUGCUAGACGAAAGAUGAAUACAUGAAACUACAGAAGUUCAAGCCUACCACACACUGGUGGAUUUUCUCUUUACCAGCACACACUAGACUGUGAUUGCUUUACUACUGUUUACUAUACAUGCACACGAAUGGUACAGCUCCACUGGCGGCUUCUUCAGGGGAGGCUUCAACUAGUGCCUACUCAACAAUUACUGUGCAACUACAGGAUGUUUCUGAAAAUGCAAUUGCAAAAACACCACCAAGCUUGCUGCAUUUUGAUGAUGCUCUAAAGUAUUGUAUGCGUCUAUUACAUUUUUCGACCUGGAAUGAUAAUUUGUCAAAUAUGAGAAGACCCCAGUGGAUCCAUACCUUUAUUUACAUUAAGUGAUGCAACACCCAAAUAUAGCUUCUGAGUAUAAAACACUCAACCGCUGCGGACUUGAGAGGUGCCUGUUAAGGAUUCGUAGUAUCAUAUUUCAGCUGAGUUAGGCUUCAGUUCAUGCAGGUACGAUGGAUUUUAAAAGUUAUUCCAGUGGAAAAAGGAAGUUUAAAUAUGGAGUAAAAGAGCAGGAGAUCUGAUUGGCCUGCUGUCAUGUCAUUGGAGUUUGACCAAUCAGAACUGUCAUUGCUGCUCUGUGGGCUUGUGAAAGUUUUAGUUGGCAGGCUUUUUUAUACAUCUUAAAUGAAAAGAAGCUGUCUUCAGCGUAAAUGUUAAUUAAAUGUUAUUAAAAGGGGGGACUAUGGUAGUGUGAGAAUAUGGGUAUUUCUCAGUAACAUAACACACUGAAAUAACAAAAAUGCACAUUUAAAAUACUUACUAAGAGUAAAUUGGGACUUGUUGGCUAUCUUAAAUGUGACCACUGAUUACAAACUGAUACCAUUGUAGGAUUUCUCAGUGACAGAUCUGUGACAGACUAAUUUGAGAGUUUUCUGUGGAUAUUUUUGUUUCACUCGCCACACAAAUCCUUAAUCAUGAUCAUCCAGACUUUAUUUUGAAGGCCAAAUCUUCAUAUUUUUAAAGAUGUCUUUCAAGUCUGCAGAAAAUGUGUGAUACUCAGAAAAAAAAAAUAAGGGUGGAAUGCCACACAAACCUGCAACACACAUAUAAAUGCACACAAACACACAUAGUUCUGAAAAAAAUGCACUUUUCAAAUGUUUAUUUUUCGGAAUGAUCAGUUCUUACAUAUCAGCCAAUGUAAUGCAAGAGGGGGUUUUAAGUGCGUAAAACAUAAUUUGCAACCUGACAUUCACUCAAGUUUUUGGAGCUAAUGUGAACUGUUUCGUCAAAGUGGUUUACACCAUCUGUAUCAGGGCAUGUGCUUUGGCUUAUCCAUGUUCAUGAAAAAAAGUACUUACAGUGUGUAAUAAUGGACACUGGAGGCUGCCUUUGACCUGGGAAGCACACAAAAAUAGGACGUGCAACCGACAACAGACACACUUCUGCCAUGAGAAACAGACUAAAAGAUGACUCAACACGAACUGUACAGCUGCAGGCAGAAUGCGAGCAAUUAGAAACAUGAUCUGCUCCUGAAGCAAUACAACUGACGUCAUCGACAGCAACAACCUGUCAAGGAAAGUUACAGUAAACCAUACUUGAUUUACUGCUGUUUUUAGUUCAACUUUUACCACUGUGUACCAUUAUCUUUGAUCAGUUGACGGAAAUGACAUUUCUUUUUGUUUGUUUUAACCUAAUGCCUUAUUUAUUAUUGAGUUUUUGGAUGUCUCCGGCAGAUUGCCAAAUCAGCAUACUGUAUGUUCUUUUUUUUUUGUCCUUCUGUAGAAGUUUACAAUAAAAUAAAUACCCAUCACUUUACUGUGGGAGGCAGUCCAUGAUUCGUACAGGUUCAGUGGAUGCUCAGUGUAAAAAACAACUUGCUGUAUGUAAACUACAAGUAUUAAACAAACUCUUUCAUCUGAAAUGUA